CUGUAUUGUGUAACGUUAGUAUGGUUAAAGAUAGCUAGCAUCAUCACAGGCAAGGAGUUAUGCUGCGUUCACGUGCUCCACUGAAACUCCUUCGUAGUACUUUGACUUCUCAGUUCGGUGAACGGUUAUCAUCCGUAUUGUCACUCUUCCCUCUUGGAAGCACUAACGUUAGUCUCAGCACAACAACCAGAAUGGCUCCUCAAAAGAACAGAGUAUUCGUCAUUGGAGUGGGAAUGACAAAGUUUGAGAAGCCAGGAAAAGAAGACUUUGACUAUCCCGACAUGGCAAAGAUAGCAGGUGAGAGGGCCUUGUCUGAUGCUGGAGUCCCCUACUCUGCCAUACAGCAAGCCUGUGUGGGCUAUGUGUAUGGUGACUCUACCUGUGGCCAGAGGGCCAUCUACCACAGCCUUGGUCUGUCAGGGAUCCCCAUCAUCAACGUCAACAACAACUGCUCCACAGGCUCCACUGCCCUGUUCAUGGCCCGACAGCUAAUCCAGGGAGGUCUGGCUGACUGUACACUAGCCCUUGGCUUUGAAAAGAUGGAGAGAGGCUCCUUGUCAUCAAAGUUCAUGGACAGGACAAACCCCAUGGACAAGCAUAUGGAGGUGAUGUUCAACACAUAUGGGAUGGCAGCAGCACCGGCAGCACCACAGAUGUUUGGCAACGCCGGCAGAGAACACAUGGAGAAAUACGGUACUACACCAGAGCACUUUGCUAAAAUCGCAUGGAAGAACCACAAGCAUUCCACCAACAACCCGUACUCUCAGUUCCAGGAUGAGUACAGUCUGGACCAGGUCAAACAGUCCAGGAAGGUGUUUGAGUUCCUUACUCUUCUCCAGUGUUGUCCUACCUCUGACGGUGCAGGGGCAGCUGUCCUGGCCAGUGAGGACUUUGUGAGGCGCCAUGGUCUAGAGCACCAGGCGGUGGAGAUCUUAGCCCAGGAGAUGGUCACGGACCUCGCCACUACCUUCGACGACAAUAGCUGCAUGAAGAUGGUUGGAUACGACAUGACCUCCCUGGCAGCCAAGAAGUGUUUUGAGACAGCGGGUCUGAAACCCAGUGACGUCAAUGUGAUCGAGCUGCAUGACUGUUUCUCUGCCAACGAGCUGAUCACGUACGAGGCUCUGGGGCUGUGCCCAGAGGGUAAGGCUGGAGAGCUGAUAGACAGAGGAGACAACACGUACGGAGGCCAGUGGGUGGUCAACCCCAGCGGAGGACUCAUCUCUAAAGGACACCCUCUGGGAGCCACAGGUCUGGCCCAGUGUGCGGAGCUGUGCUGGCAGCUGAGAGGCCAGGCUGAGAGGAGGCAGGUCCCGGGGGCGAAGGUGGCCCUACAGCACAACAUCGGCCUGGGAGGAGCUGUGGUCGUCACUCUCUACAGGAUGGGGUUCCCUCAGGACGCCAGGUCCCAGAUAGCGGCUGUCCCCACCAGAGCAGAACGUCUGGAGGGCUUCAGAGUCUAUUCUGUCUUCCAGGAGAUAGAGAAGAAACUACACGAGGAAGGAGUAGACGUUGUGAAGAAGAUUGGAGGAGUUUUUGCCUUCAAGGUGACAGAUGGACCAGAGGGGAAAGACGCUCUGUGGGUCGUAGACGCCAAGAAUGGACAAGGCUCCGUGAGCAACGACGCUGAUAAGAAGGCUGACUGCACUAUCACCAUGGGAGAUGAAGACUUAAUGAAGCUGAUGACAGGCAAGAUGAAUCCACAGACGGCAUUCUUCCAGGGCAAGCUGAAGAUCGCAGGAAACAUGGGCAUGGCCAUGAAGCUUCAGAGUCUGCAGCUGGUGCCAGCCAAAGCCAAGCUGUGAUUGGCUGAUAGACCCUCAGCUCUGGAACUCCUGCCAUAUGUAG